UGGUACGCAAAUGAAACUACAUCAAAUUGUUACUGUUUAUAAACACAUACAUCCCAUUCACUCAUUAGUUUGUCAAAGAAAUCGCUGCAUGGCACGCGCUUAGGCAUUGAGGUUUGCUUGCGGUGCCUGUGCCUGUGUCUGUGUCUGUGUGAGCGCCUGCGUCUCCCACAAGUCAGCCUCGAAACACACGCACACACACUCACACGCGCACACAACCACACACACUCAAUAUGUCUAUACUGGAUAUGAAGUCCGGUCCGCCGGACUAUUGGGCGGAAAUUGGCAACUUCUUUUUGCCACUGAAGUAUCUGAUAACCAACGAUCGUUUCGAUGCCCUCCUACAAAAUAUUGACUUGCAUUACCUGAUAAAUGCUGUCUUCUGGAUAUUUGUCGCCCUCUCCUGUGGCUUCUGUGCCUUCCAGCGCGUCUUCCAGUUUUUUCUGAAGUCAUCGAACAUCAAGUAUUUUAAGCGCAAACAGUUCGCUCGACUGAUCUGGAACAUUGCGUUUUAUGGGGCAGCUUGUUUGUUUUUGCACUUCUACAACGAGUUCAUGAUAUUGCCGCAGCUGAUGAAGAAUCAGGGACGCUAUUCGCUCUUCUACAGCUCCGAGAAUCUCAUUUUCUAUCGCUCGCAUCAUUUUGAGAAGUUUCAAUUCUAUUCGAUAUUCAUCAUAACGUUCUAUUUGCAUGGAGCAAUGCUCGAUUUCAAAGAGGCGGACAUUCUGGAGGCCGCCUCCAAGGGACUCUACCUGCUCGCCCUCAUCGCCAUCGACGUGUACAGAUAUGAAAACUACUUCGUUGGCCUGAAUCUGACACUGGGCCUGUACAGCAUACUGGCGGAGUGUUUGUCGCUGCUGGCGCUGCAGAACUCCAAUCGCAAUCGCUUGAUCUACCAAAUGUUUAUGGGAAUGCGGAUCGCGGCAUGGCUGCAUGUGUUCAUCAAUCUGCUACCUUUUAAUUAUUUUAUACCCACGCUGUUUGCCAAGAACUUUAAGCUGCCGCUCAAUGUGGCCAUUUGGCUGUGGUAUGGCCUGUCCAUUUGGAAUUCACCGGUACUGCAGUACUUUUACCAUCAGAUCUAUCAUACCACGCCCUCCGACUGCUCCGGCGAGGGCUCAGCAGCCAAAUGCAUCUUAAUGAAGGAUACUAGCGAAUAUCGCCACUACAAGGCGCUCAAGAGGGCGUAUAUUGAAGUGAAGCUGGCACACGAGAAGGCCACAUCCAAUCCGAUUCCAGCCACUGAGUCCGCCUCAGCCAAAACCUAUCAGGCCAUCAAGUGUAAGCGUUAUGAUGCUGAAGCGCAAAUUAAAGCGUAUACGCGAGGGUCGCGGCGCCGAGCCGGAGGAUGAUAACGAGGAGAUCAGCGCCGAUUCCUAAACUUGCUUCCUAAUGUACUGCACAAAACCAAAAACUCUCGAUUUCUUCUGCUUAUAAAAGACAAAGCCCUAGGCGAGGCGCUUUUAGCGCUGAUUUCAUUAGCUACCUCCAAUAUCACAAUAACAUCACACAAACACAAACAAACACACAUCCACACCCACUCACAUGCUCUCUAACGGCUUAUUUAGUUUUCAAAUAUAUAAUGAGCUCUAAAGCAAUACUUAUUUAUGUACUUAUGAAUAUAGUAGUAUAUAGUAUAGCAUAUAUACUUACCGCCUUACUUCAACGAAUUGUUCUUUCGUUGUAUUGAAUUAUUUGUAGUUUGACCUAAAUAAAACGCAUAACAAAUUGAAAA